AUGUUUGAAGAUCUAGAUAAUCUCUAUUCCGACAAUGAAUCUCAACUUAACCUAUUCCCCGCACGUUCUGAUGACGAAGAAGUUCUACCAUUCAUGCCAGGUUAUAUUUUAAGAGUUAUGACUGGUGCUGAAGAUGAACAAGACAUGGUCAUGGUACUUCAUGGGCAUAUAAACGCUAUCAUAGAAAAGGAAAAGAAAAAGAUGAAAUGCGGAGAAGAAAGAUCAACCUUUGAAAUUGAAAGUGAUAUGACUUUCACCGGAGUGUUUGAAGUCAACUUAACAAACCGACGUACACCAUAUGACAACGGAGCUGAUAUGGAAUCAAAUGGUAGUCAGACGUUGAAUUUAGGAAGAUUAAGAGGCAGACACAUGGCAGUUAAAGACUUUGACACAUGGCAGUAGGAGAUUCAAACUAUUUAUUUAUUAGAAAAGGAGAUUUGACAAUUUUAUCGAAGAAGAUAAAUCCUUGUAUCCAUUAAAAUUUCAGGAUAAAUCAUAAUUUCUUAAAUUAAGUUGGAUAGUAUGAUUUACUAUAUUUUAGUAU